UUGGAGAAAGCGAGAUGAUACUGAGGAUGAAGAAAAGAAAUUAGAGAAAACUGUCAAUCAUGGAUCUCCUCAUGACGUAAACUCAGUAUAUAGAGAUGCCAUUAGAGCAAUAAGACGGCAAUCUUUUAGAGAAAGAUCUAUAACACAAGAUAAAUACGAAAAUCCUCGAAGAGAUUUUCAAUCAAUAAUGAUUAUGCUUUUCUGGUUACUUAGCAAUGCUGCAUUAGUAGCUGUUAUCAUAAUGUUUGGUAACGAAUCAGCAAAGGAUAUUUAUAUAGCAGUUAUCCUUUGGUCUAUUGCUGGAUUUGCUGCUUUUAAAGUUUUUG